AUGCCCCCCAAAGCUGCUACUCUCGAUGGCCAGAAGGUGGUCCCAGCCGACUGCGUCUCUGUCCUCCUUAUGGCCUUGGGCAGUACCACCAUCACCAAGGCUCAGUAUGAGAUGAUGUCGGCUCUUGACGGCACACGUACUGCAAGCUCUUUCGAGCAUCAAUUCCGCACGAUCACAGCCAAGGCAAAGGAAUUGAAAGCCCGUGCCGAAAAGGGCGAGACCUUCCAAGCCGUGGCACCUGUCAAUAAGCGUGGCCAGACUACCCCACCAACACCCAACAAGAGAAAGGCCGCUUCUUCAGGAUCCGACGAUGUGACCCCCUCCAGAAAGAAGGUGACUCCCAAGUCACGUGGAAAGAAGAGCCAGACCCCGCUUGAGACGAUGGAUGACACUUUCCCCGAGGACGCCGAAGAGUUCAUUAGGAAUGAGGCCAAGUGGGAGGAGGAAGUGUUCUCUUAG